UUCCUCAUCUUAUAAACCCACUCCAUAGGCUAACUUUAGCACAUGAAAUAUAUAUUGACCUUAUAUUGUUCACACUUGCCACGUUGGAUCAUAUCCUAUCAAUCAAAUGAAGAUAAGACCAUGUCACCCAACCAAAAAGACCAACCACUAGCCACCCAACCAACCCAAACCCCAUAAUAUUCACCCUCUCAUGCACAUUUUAAUCUUAACAACAUCCAUACAAACACACACUUAAAAAAAUGGGGACAAAUUCUUUGUUAAAAUCUCCAAAGCAAGAAGAACAACUUGUCCCGGAUUCUUUAAUUGCCGAGUUCUUCGAUAACGAUAACAACAACGACAAUCCUCCCGAGUUCAAGGGCAAUUUGGGUAUUAAAGAGGGAGAGAGUCAAGAAGGUGUUAUGAGAAACACAUAUGAUGAAUUUAGUUGGGAUCAUUUGAUACAAUGGGACGACAUCACAAAGAACGAGGAAGAUCAAGCUUCGAGAGUUUGCGAUCAAGACAAAACGGAGUAUCAAGAUGGUAAUUUUGUCAAUUUGAUUGGAAACAUAAAGAGAGAGAUUUUCGGGCUUUGGGAAGCAGACGAAGAAGAUGAAGAUGAAGAAGAAGAUGAGAAGAAAACGUGUUUGAACUUGAGCUUAAAUUACCAAGAGGUUAUCGAUGCAUGGUCUGACCGUGGUCCUUGUCGGGCCGAUGAUUUUACUCAUUCGAUAUUCGACAAUAGAUAUAUGGGAGAAGUGCCUGUGAUGGAAGAAGCCAAAACCAAAAGGGAAGCAAGUGUUCUCAAAUACAAAAAGAAACGUCAAAACAGACUCUACUCUAGAAAGAUAAGAUAUCAAGUUCGAAAACUCAAUGCGGAUAAAAGACCAAGACUCAAGGGAAGAUUUGUGAAAAGGGAAUAAUCAUGAGAAGAUAUUAAAAAGGUGAUGGAAAAAUAUCUACAAGAAAAUAUCUUCAACAAAUUGGUUGAUAUUUUUCACAUGGACAUGCUUUGUGAAUGUCACUAUCUCUUUGCUUGUAUAUAUACUAGUAAAACAUUUCAUUAUUUUAAAAGAAUAUUCUUUAACUCUCAA